AUGUCCAAUCACCCUUUUCAGUUUAGUCUUCAGGAAAUGUCAUCCCAACCACUAGAAAGUAGUAUGUUGGUUUGCACAAAGGUGGAGCAAGAAAAGAAACCAAGGCCUAUAGAGCAAGCACAAAAAUGUCCAAGAUGUGGCUCUGCCAACACCAAAUUCUGUUACUAUAACAACUAUAGUCUCUCUCAGCCCAGAUACUUUUGCAAAUCUUGCAAAAGGUACUGGACUAAAGGUGGUACACUGAGAAACAUUCCAGUUGGUGGAGGCUGUAGAAAAAACAAAAAUUCAUCCUUAAAGAGAUCAAGCCAAGAUCAUGAUCAGUACUCCAUGACCAACAGGCCUAGUUAUCCACUGUCUUCAUUUACAACACUUUCAUAUGUAAAUGAUAUGUCAAUGAUGUGUAAUAACGUUCAUUAUGAUGCUCAUGGUGCACAAAGGGGUGGAUUUCUUGAAUCCCCGAGUGGAUUAAUCCACCAUAACUUGAGUUAUGGUAUUGAUAAUAAUGGAAACAUGGGGCAUGUUCAAAAUGAAGAAAUAUUGGGGUUAAAUGUGAGUGCAGAAAUGGGAAUGCAUUAUCAUCAAGAAAUGAGUUCCACAUUGGCCACAGUAAAGCAAGAGAUGUGGAACACUAUGGCAGCAAAAGGUGCAUUAGGCGGCCGGGAUCCAGUUGUUGAUCAGUGA